CACACACACACACACCGCUGGGAUCGUCUGCCUUCCUCUACACACACUACUGUUAAGAGGUGUUUCCCCCGAGCGAGUGUUUGGCGCAGACGGACGCGCCGCUGAUGGAGACUACAUGACUGCAUGAGCGCCGGAGGAGGAGGAGGAGGAGGGUCACGCUCACUCUUACACAGCAGCGCCGUGGCAUCCAUUGCGAACAUGGACAGCGGAGCGACAGCACCGGCCGCGCGGACGGAACUUUUUCAGUGAUGGUAUCUUUGAUGACCCCACAAGUGAAGGAUUAUGUCAUGAUGAUGAUGAUGAUGAUGAUGCAUUGGCAAGCUAAUGAUGGAGGAAGUGAUGAUGCAAGAAACAGUGAUGAUGUCACAUGUGGAUGAUGCAAGAGAUGGAGGAAGUGAUGAUGCAAGAAACAAUGAUGAUGUCACAUGUGGAUGAUGCAAGAGAUGGAGUCAUGAUGCAGGAGCAACAGGUAACUUCAACUUUAAAUCAACCUGAGGGGUGAUAUUCAAAGAGUCCUUUUAAAAUGACACGCACAGACCCACCUGACAUACUGGUAUCAACUGCGUAUCAAGACAUCAAAGUGAAGCCCACCUCCACACAGCCGGAGUCCUUCAGUUCUUCUAAACAAUGUGAUUUCCCAAUGACCAGCACACUGGAGCACAAGCAGGAGACGAUCAAUAAAAGGCACUGCCGUAGCUUUGACUUCGAGUCACUGGACGAGCCCAAGCCCUGCGUCCCGCAAGGCAUGGAGUACCCGUACCAGAGGGCUGAGAGGCAGGCGCUGAACCCAGACGUUGCUUGGAAUGCUCUGGGCCAACAGGGCCACCUCCGCUUCUCCUCCCCGGACCUGUUUAACACCAGACUGCCGCCUCAGCAUGCCAGCUUGGACGCAACCGGAGAGGCAGGUAGAUCAGAGCACAAGCAGAGGGUCCGAUCGAAAAGUGCCCCACGGGUGAAGAGUACCUUCACCCCGGUGUCCAUUGAAAUGUCACCACCUGUGGUUAGAAGGGGCAGGGAGGCUCACCGGGCCCGGCGGGAACCGGUGAGGAGGCCCGAGGCAUCUCCCCGUAGGGAAGUCUUGCACGGCACCAGCCGAGCCCUCAUGCAGGAAGUGCAUCCGAUCAAACUGCAGCCGCAGCGGGGGGACUCCAGCCGAUACUCACCCAUGUACGUUGCUGACAGCUUUGAUGAAAACAGGCUAAGCAAACCGGCAACAAGUCCUCAUGUCAAGUGUCGCAUGGACAUCAAGCCAGAUGAGGGGGGCCUGCAGCAUGCAGUUAGGAAGCCCCCUGCUCCACGGGCUGAGGUCCCCUGGCAGCGCUACUCCAGCUCAGGGAGCCGAGGCUUGGCUGUCCCCCGGCAGCCUUCCACCUCCAGGACGCCAACACCCAGUGACUGCUACAGUGGGGAGUACAGACCGACGUACCCCUAUCCAUACGGGAUGCCUAUGUCCUAUGUUCAACCCGUUGAAAUUCCUCUGCAAAGGAUGCCAUCCCCUAGAGAGCAGAGGGAAUACCUCGGGAGAGAGCGCAGGGCUUUUUCAAGUGCAGGCGUGCCAACCAAAUUCUUCUACACUGAUGACUCUGGGAGGUACCCACUCCCAGCUCCUGCUGCCAGGACUUACUAUCAGGAUGAUCGCUAUAGCAUAUCGAGCCAAAGCCAUUCUCCUAAGCUACAGUAUGUGCAGGAUCCAAGGACCCGUAUGGUCCAUACUAUGCCUAUACCUGUCCGCCCAUAUUACGCAGAGAUGGAGCCACGUCCAUACCCGGCAAACGCUGGCUAUCCCAGACCAUAUUCCACAAGUGAACCGGGGCCAUACAUCAUUCAGACUCCACCAAGCAGGACAUACUAUGGUGAGAAUCCAGUGGCUUACCCUGUUCAGGCUGUACCAUCAAAGAUUUUCUACACAAAUGAGCCCUUCAGUCCUUUGCCAGACCAUCACAUCCCUUUGAGAUCAUAUCACACAGAAGGGCGCCAGCGGCCCCGGAUGUCACAGCCCCAUAUUGAUGACUGGUACGGCUCUGAUCUUUCUGGCUGUGCCCCGUACCACUCCCAGUAUACUCCGCCAAGGUUGAGACAGGAACCAGUGCUGACACCCUGGUAUGCCAAUCCCUGCAUGGAGGCACCCAGGCUUGGAGGAGAUUCCAAACCGUACUCAAAGUCAUGGGACAACAUCCUCAAUCCGCAUGUCGAGAGGGAGCAGCCAGUGCACCGUGGUCGGAGCUACGAGAACCUCCUGCACCAAGGCAAACGGGCCUUGUCCCCAGAAGACAGGCGACAGCCAGUAGUGGUGAACCUCUCCAGCUCACCUAGGCGCUAUGCUGCCUUGUCUUUGUCAGAGAACUCUUUAGAGAAAGGUCCAGUCGAUGGAGGUAGAAGCAUGACAGGAAGGCUCUGGUACGUAACCCCUGAGAUCACCAUCACAGACAAUGACCUUCGCCCAAGCAACCGCAAAAAAAAUAAGGUACGCUCUGCCAGCUGGGAUAUGUUGGACUCGGAAGGGACUCAGCCUCAAAACAUUUAUUCCCAAGAUCCGCUCUCCUACUCAACGGAAACAACCAAAGAGAAAACCCACAACAGCUACUCGCUGCAACAAAGUCUUGAGCAGCUGGAUGAGCUGUUAGCCGACCUUGUCAUUGACCACAAGCCUCCAGCCAGUCGAAGGCCUAGCGAAGACCUUCUGGACCAACUCAAGAAACUUAUCAAUGAAGAUGACACGGGGUCUUUAUCAAAGAAGGAGUCCAGGGAAGACCACAGUCCUCUCAAUAAACAGCCCAUCCCCACUAGAAUGAUCCCAAACAAUCUGAAAGACCAGGAAGCUGACUGUGAUGGACUGCAAAAAAGCACAGAAGAGUGUUCCCCUGACCAGAGCACGGAUGAGGAUGACACCAUGAUGUGCUCCAACAGGAAGUGCCGGCGGACGGAAACAUUGUUCAAUGCCUGCCUCUACUUCAAAUCGUGCCAUAGCUGCUACACUUACUAUUGCUCCCGGAACUGCCGCCGGGAAGACUGGGACGUGCACAAGGAGAACUGCCUCUAUGGGCGCAUUGGGAGCAUUUGCCGGCAUAUCCUCAAGUUCUGUCGCGAGAGUUCUGAGAUCCAUAAAGCCUUCUCUCGUAUCGCCAAAGUGGGCUAUCUAUCUCGUGGCAGAGGUGUGCUCUUCCUGGGCUUCCCCAGCCCAGGAUCUUCCAACAACUUCCUGCUGUAUGGCCUUGAGAGCCUCCUCAUGGCCCCCACUUACCUGUCCCUCCGAGAGUUGGAGGGUUUCAAGGACAACCUGGGGGAGUACUGCAAGGAGCUGCAGGAGGCCGGCAAGGAGUACGACCCCAGUGAAUGUUUCCUCCUGAAUGUAUCUGUUGCCGUUGGUGACCAAGUGCCUGACAGACCCUCGCCCAGAGUCCAAGGUCCAACUGUCAGGAAGUACGCCAAGGUGGCCCUGGCUUCCUCCAGCCCAGAGAAGAGGGUCUUCAAGAGGGAGAGUGAAAUGGAGACACUGAUCCUGACUCCACCUCCAGGGACCUCUGACAUUGACAAAGAAGGGGAGGAAGGCAGGAAAGCUAGGGAGAUAUGUUUCAUCAACAUCCAGCGUGAGCUCCGCACCAGAGGGGUCUUCCUACGACACGAGUAUCCAAAAAUCUACCAGCAGCUCUGCGAAUUCGUGGAGAACAACAAGAGGUUCACACCCACCACCAUUUACCCAAUAGAUAAGAGGAGUGGAAAACAGUUCAUGUGCAUGAUUAUGGCUGCUUCUGAGCCACGAACCCUGGACUGGGUCGCAACACCUCAUCUUCUAGACGAUAUUAUAUAACGAGAUGCACCUUUAAUAUAUACACAUACAGUAUAUACUGUGUGUGUGUGUAUAUAUUAUAUACACACACAUAUAUACACAUAUGUGUAUAUGAUGUCAGGGUGUAGACACACAUAGUUGCACAUCAAACCUUAAAUGUUUCUAGAUGUGUAUUUUAUUACAGAUGAGGUUUAUUGACUGUAAAGGUCACUGUGUUGCACAGAACAGUGACUUUAUUACUGUUCAGCUACAGAACACAAUUUACAGUAGGGCAUUUAGAUCAUUUAUAUUGAUGUUAAUAGAAUUACCCCUUUGAUUUUGAGUAAACUAGUUCUUUUUUUUAUCAUAUCAUCUUCUCUUAGUUUCCUUGCGUAUACAAUGUACAUGUUUUGGCUUUCUGUUACAGUUAAAUAAUUUUUUACAUUAUGCUCCAUUUGAAAACAGCCUUGACCUACUCAUCCUGUGAUGUUUAGACAUUUAAAAUAUCACAAAGAAAUUUCUGAGGAAGGGACCGAUAUUACUAUAUGGCACAAAAAACUGUCUCUAUUGAAAAAAUGAAAUGUGUAAGAUCAGUUUUUAUUCGGGAAAAAGAACCAUAUGCUUUUUUAAUGCAUGCACGGUACCAAAAGUCAAAUGAAGUAAUUUGAAGGGAAGUCCAUUGAAGGUACUAAAUGUCUG